GACCGGAAAUCUCUUCUUCCGUAUCAAAAUUGAUGCAUUGGCCUAUAUAAAGCCCCGAAGGAUUCCCUACGUCAAAAUUGGAAAUUUCUGCUCUUCAGAGUCCUGUAUUCUUCACUGUAUACUUCCCGAAUGUUUGAUAUCCUAGGGGUCGUCCGCCUAACAGCCGAAAUGAAAGUUUUUGGCAUUGGAGUGAUAUUGGCGUUGCCUCUUUUAGCAACAGCACAAAGUUACAACUUAACAGCACUAUUUCAGCCCGUUCUGUCUCCUGGUGCUGAAAUAUACUAUGCCAACGACAGCGACUGGACACAGAAUGUCACCCAACGAUGGACCACAUGGGAUGCACCCACAUAUCUGGGUGCAAUCAAGCCGGUUACCGAGCGCGACGUUCAGAACAUAGUUAAAGUAGCGUCUGCUCACAAUAUAUCCUUCCUUGCCACAGGAGGGGGUCACGGCGUCUCCCAAGGCUUCGCCAAUAUACAAAAUGCCAUUGAGAUCGAUCUAGCAAAUUUCAAGACAGUUAAUCUCGAUAUUGAGAACAAUCAACUCACGGUUGGAGGUGGAGCGACUUAUGGUCAGUUAUACGAUCCCCUGUAUAAUGCUGGAAAGGAGUUUCCGACUGGUAAUGCGCCAUGUGUAGGUGUUAUUGGAGCCACUAUUGGUGCCGGUGUGGGUUUACUUCAAGGAUUACACGGAUAUACCUCCGACGCGUUGAUUUCAGCCCGGAUCGUCACUGCAUCUGGAGUGCUGUUCGAGGCAUCCGCAACCAACAACACAGAACUAUUCUGGGCCAUUCGUGGUGCUGGUGCAAAUUUUGGUAUCAUCACCUCAGCCACUUACCGCAUAUAUGAUGCUACGAACUCUGGGCAAGCACAGAAUGCGGAUUUCCUGUUUGCCGAGUCGGCAAAUCGAACAGUUUGGAAUGCUCUCCAAACUUUGGAUGAGACACUCCCCGCCGAGUUAUCUGUGACUAUCACGUCUACGUAUAAUCAGACGUCUGGACAAGCUUCCAUCAUGGUAAAUCUCGUUUAUUUCGGGAUCUACGACAACUUUCAGCCAUAUGUUGACCAAUUUCUCGCAAUCAGCCCGACUCAGUGGCGGAAUGUCACUGUUCCCUGGAACCAGUUGAUAGCCUCAGCAAACUUUGGAGCACCAUCGCACGGCUGUGGCACCAACUCCUCACAUAUCAAUUUCUUCAGCAUUGCCUUGAAUCAAACCGAUCCAUUGACCUUUCAAGGAUUCUUUGAUGACCUGAUUCUUUUCUCCCAGCAAAAUCCCUCGUAUACUGGGGCUUGGGUUAUCGAACGUUACAGCACCCAAGGGCCAUUGGCAGUUCCUGAAGAAACUCGAGGUGUAUAUCCUUGGCGGGAGGCCAAAAUGCAACUCCUUUGGGAAAGUGACUACCCUGACUCUUCGCUGGAUAGUACCGUGAACGCUUUCUAUACCCAACAGCGUCAACAUUUCGAUGAAUUCAGCGGUUUUCAUACAUUCGCCACAUACGUCAAUUAUGCCCACGGUGAUGAAGGUCCGAAUGUCUGGUACGGUGAUGCUGAUAACCUUGCCCGGCUGAGUGCCGCAAAACGGAAGUGGGAUUCCAACAAUCUUUUCGGGGCAGCUAAGCCAGUACCAUUGUAAAAAGACUAUACGUAUAACCAUGCAGGUUUAAAGGGCAUGUUGGUGUUUCUUUAGCCGGGAAUUAUGCUGAGGUUAGCGUGGACUAAUUUGAUGUGGCGACAUAAAUUGGGUAUUAUCCGUGGAUGUGCAGUAAUAUCUAAUAUGUUAAUGGCAGGUACUUUGGUUCGUAUCUGAUUUGUCCUAUAGGUAUAGGAAUACUCAGGUGCAUAUGACUUAAUUGCAUGCUACAUCGAAGGAUAACCAGAAUUAUGUCUCUCGAUAUCAAUGAAUAACCACGGAGGUAGUUAAAUACAAAGGCAAUUGCACUG